AUGGCAGGACAGUACUACGCUGUGCCGUCAAACGGCCAGCACGACAUCCAUCUCCAAUUCCAGAACCCACCAACUACACCGAGCCCACCAUUGCAACCAUCCAGAUCCUUCCAAGGUCUUCCAGCUCGCCGCCGAUCAAAAGUAAAACUCUGGUUCGGCCUCAUCGGAAAAUGGUGCAUCACAGUUAUCUUCAUCAUAGUCAUCUAUGGGAUCUUGAUCGCAUAUGCUCUCUACGAUGUCAUAUCAGAGAAACAGAAGAAGUACUUUAAUGCAUUAAUUACAGGGUUCCUUAUUGCUCUGGGACUAUCAACUAUGAGUCAGUUGACCCAUGCGGUACAAGAUUUGAGAUGGUGGAUCCUGAGUAAGAGGCCGAGGUCCCGUCAAAAAGUCAAAGCGAUUUUGCAUGUUCAUAGCAUGAGCCAAGUAUUGGUCUUGGCAUUCAAAUCGAGUCGAUGGACAAUUCAUGUUGGAGUCGCAACCUGGGUAGCGCUAUUUCUUGCAACUCAAAUCGGAUAUGCCUCAUUAGGUCUGUGCUACUCGGUCGAAAAAACCGAAGACCAGGCCCUCUUGAUUCCCGGGAACGUCUCCAUCGCGAAUUUGAGCACCAUCUCAACCUCGAGUGUUGUCAACGCAUCCGGUUCAACAAAGAGCGAAGAGUACGCGGCAAACAGCUACGGGAUCAUAUCCCUGGCUUUAAACGAAGGGGAUCCCGAUGAUAUCCUUUCUCCUGGGACUUUAUUCUUUGCAGACAAUAAGUUUCUAUUUUGUGACGGGUCCUGUGUUUAUGUCUUUCGCGAGACGAAUACCCUUUCUUUGGAUAAUCCGAAAAGCGCUCCUGUCUCAGCGGUCACCGACAGGAAAGUGAAUAUCACGGCGCAUUGCGACGCGUUGAAGGUCCGUCAAGGGGGCAAUGGAACGGAGGAGCUGAUCACCGUCAACAAUGGGAGCAGAGAAACAAAUAUCACAUUACCUAGUAAGGAGGUUCUUGGUGAGAAGGUUUAUAUGACAUCUGCAUCUCGCAACUGCGGCAGCGACUGCAGCAUUGUUUCAGUGUUUGAACCAUCGUCGACAGAUCCGUGGUUUUACAACUGCACCGUCAAAAUGAGCCCCGUUGAGAACGCGAAGAGGCCAGAGCACGAAGUUAGUGAGAGACUGAUGCGCUUAGCAACAUCGGCAAUAGCCCUAGGAGGCCCCGACGGUCCAAACGAUACCCGAUCAAACAGCUACCCCGCUGCGUCGGUGUUCGGUAUACCACUGAAUGGCUCAACAGAACAAGUAGAAUACCUUUUAUCACGCUUCGCUACGGGUAUGCUAGCAGCUGUCAUCGAAUCAAACACAGAUAUUGUACUCGCCGGCCAAAUGCCUACGAUCGGACAGAAACUCAACGUUUCGCACUGGGGAAUCAUCACCUUGAUCUUAUGGAUCACGGCAUUUCUUCAAUUGUUGGUGGCUGUUGUGGCGACCAAGGUGUCGGAACGGGUUGUUGUGCCAGAAGGCGACUCCCUUUCCGAGGCUAGAGUCUUGAGAGGCAUGGUUGAGGAAGAUAUGUUGGAUGGGGAGAUGAGGGACAGUGCGGGAGGGAAGGGAAAACGUUUAUGGAUUUACAGGAAUAGACACGUUGGUGACGGGUUGUAUGAUUUGUAUAUGGAGGAGGUUAGAACUUAG